ACCAAAGCGUUCCCACCAAAUCCAAACCUCCAUACUGGACCAACUUAUCCGAUGUAGCAAAAUGGAAGCCUGAAGAUGAAUUUAACGUUGCCAAGGUGAAUUUGAAAGAGAGGCCUGUAUUUCGAACCGAAGGCGUUUCGCAAGAUAAAGUAGAUAAAAGAGAGUGCAAGGUGGUGGUAUGCCAUGAUAUGGCGGGUGGGUACAUCGAAAAUUUCUUCAACAUCGGAUAUAGCAUCCAGUAUUGGCAAUACGUGGAUGUUUUUAUCUACUUCUCUCACCACAGAAUCACCGUUCCACCUCCACAAUGGACUAACGCUGCUCAUCGAAAUGGUGUGAAGAUACUUGGAACUUUUAUUACCGAAUGGGAGAGGGAUAUGUUGGAGAAUGAGUUAUGGGUUCGUGGCCCUCAUUCCGGGGUGCCACUGUAUGAGAAUACGAAUGUGAAUAGGGAGGUGGUUAGUGUAUUCUUCGCCGACAAGAUGGUUCAAAUGGCUUUAUACUACAAUUUUGAUGGAUGGUUUAUUAACGUGGAAUCGCCUCUGAUCGGUGGAACUCCACACGCUCGUCAAGUAAUCAAGUUCAUGGAAUAUCUUACACAACAGAUGCACAAGCACAAACCUGGAUCAGUUGUUCUUUGGUAUGAUUCAAUCACGAAAGAAGGCGCUCUUUCAUGGCAAGACCAACUGAACGACAUGAACUAUCCAUUCUUUGAAGUUACAGAUGGAAUUUUCAUAAAUUACACGUGGAAAGAACAUUAUCCAUCAUCGUCCUCGAAGAAGGCUGGACCCAGGAAACGCAGCGUCUUCACGGGUAUCGAUGUUUGGGGACGUAAUACAUAUGGUGGUGGUGGGCUUACGACUUAUAAGGCGUUGCAAGUGAUCCAAAAAGCGAAAACAUCCUGUGCGCUAUUCGCACCGGCAUGGACCUACGAGCAUUUCGGAAAAGAAACUUUCUGGGAAAUUGAUCGAAAGUUUUGGAUAGGAAAUGCAGAUCAGAAAAAGGAACCCAUCGAGAAUAAUGCAAAACGAGAGGAUCCGAGCGAAGGUUCGAUCAUUAGCCGUAUAAGUGAAUUCCGGAAGAACAUUGCGGUAUUGAUGAAUAAUCUUUUUGCAGAUAAGGGUUUGGCUGUUGCGCACUAUAUAACGCCCAGGUACUCUGCUGGAAUUAAAAAUUUUUAUAGCAACUUUGAUCGCGGAUGCGGACAUAAUUUCUUUAUAAAAGGAAAGAAAGUUCUGGAGCAGGAAUGGUAUCACCUUAGUCAUCAAUCCAUUCAACCAUAUCCCACGAACCCUACACUGCAUAUCCUAUCUUCAGACGACAGUCUCCUGAGCUAUCGGACGUCCUACGGCACUACUUGGGAGCCUACAUUUGAUCAAGCUUAUACUGGUGGUACAUCAAUUCUGAUCAAGGGAACCGAUAAAGGGAAAGACUUCUCAAUGAUACCACUAUUUGAUUUAAAUGUAGUUAUUUCACCACAAAAGUAUACGAGAGCGAGUAUCACUUAUAUGCCUAAGGAUCAGGAUGUUAUGAUAGGAUUAUACGUGAAGGUGGGACUUGAUCGAAAGCGCAAGGAUAGCACACCCGAUGAUGAGAAAAUCAAGAUCAAUUUUUCUGGUACGACAUCACAAAACCAACAAGAUUUUUCGAUUGUUACCCUCGAAGAAGAGGAUGAAGAAGGAGUUCGUACGACGGGGGAUGAGGCCUCUGCUCGAUAUCAAAAAUUUGAGACCACCUUUGUUUCCGUAGAAAAUGACUGGAUCACUGCAGAAGUUCAGAUUCCACCUAACACAUUUUCAUUGUCUACGGCGGAUCCAUCUAUUGAAAUAUCUAUACAAGAGUUAGGCGUGGUCAUUGUUCGCCAACCGUUUCCGGAAAAUAUCAAAGAAGAAUUGCCUAUACCAGAGACAGAAGCUGGCUUAUCAUCAAUCCUGCUUGUUGGCGAAUUAUCAAUAUCCUCGCCGCCGCAAUAUUUAUUUGAUCAAGAGAUACAAAAUGUAUUUUGGAACGAACACAAUUUACGCAUCGAGAAUCUAGAAAUCAAAGGUUUAUUACGUGUUUCCGGAACGGUUGAGUGGGAGCUAGGUGUUCAAAUAACAAAUAAUCGGCACGAAGGCCUCGAUGAGAAUUCAUCGUCCGACGUGGAUAUUGUUAACUCAUUUGGAUAUUACUAUGUAUAUGCCGCAAUCCAUUCAUCUCAGAAGAAAGAACCGAACACUGAGGAACUAACAUUCUUGGGAGUGGCAGAUGUUAACAUGUUCGUUGUUGCGGGUUACGAUGUCCCCGUGUCUCAGGUAGAAAAGGACACGGUGUUAUCGAUUUGGAUUCAGGGUGUAAAGGAGAUCGACGGAAAGUGCGAAGAACUUGAGAAAUGGAAGAGAUGCGAGAUAUCAUUGGCAAGCGUUGUUGAGAUCUUGGCACAUUGA